GAUACGUCACGCACUCCCGAUUGGUCUUAAAGCCGCCACGCCAGAUUCGAUUGGAUAUUGACAGAAACGUCCCGGCUGUUUCCGGAUUCCGCAGCAGGUUUCUCUUCCCAUUGGUCCAGCGUGUCCGAGUGCAGAGAACAACAAACAAGAUCGGGUGAAGACCGUCGGGAUGGAUGCAGCUACCUUGACAUACGACACACUUCGAUUUGUUGAGUUUGAAGAUUUUCCCGAGACCUCGGAGCCUGUGUGGAUCUUGGGCAAAGAAUACAAUGCACUCACAGAGAAAGAUGAGAUUUUAUCAGAUGUCACUUCACGCCUGUGGUUCACAUACAGAAAAAACUUCCCACCGAUUGGGGGGACCGGACCAACAUCAGACACGGGGUGGGGAUGUAUGUUACGGUGUGGCCAGAUGAUUCUGGGCGAGGCCUUGGUGUGCAGACAUUUAGGAAGAGAUUGGAGAUGGGCCAAAGGCCAGAAACAAAGAGAGGAGUACAUCAGUCUUCUCAACGCCUUCAUCGACAAAAAAGACAGCUAUUAUUCCAUCCAUCAAAUUGCUCAAAUGGGAGUUGGAGAGGGAAAGCCUAUUGGCCAGUGGUAUGGACCAAACACAGUUGCCCAGGUUCUAAAGAAGCUGGCGGUGUUUGAUACGUGGAGCAAAGUAGUUGUACACGUGGCGAUGGACAACACUGUGGUCAUCGAGGAGAUCAAGCGCCUUUGCAUGCCCUGGCUGGAUGCUGCAGGAGCCUAUGGAGAAUCGGAGGGAGUUGGGGAGCUUAAUGGAUGCCUGGAGGGAGCGUGUGCCAUGGCUGAGGAGGAGACGGCGCUCUGGAGACCUCUGGUACUGCUCAUCCCCCUCAGGCUGGGCCUGAGCGAUAUAAAUGAUGCCUACAUUGAUACCCUCAAGCAAUGCUUCAUGCUGCCUCAGUCCCUUGGUGUUAUUGGGGGAAAACCCAACAGUGCCCAUUACUUCAUUGGUUAUGUCGGAGAAGAACUCAUCUAUUUAGACCCACACACCACACAGCCUGCAGUGGAGCCGUCUGAAGACAGUCAGGUCCCCGAUGAGACGUACCACUGCCAGCACCCACCCUGUCGCAUGCACAUCUGUGAACUGGACCCAUCCAUCGCAGCGGGUUUUUUCUGCAGAACAGAGGAUGAGUUUGAUGACUGGUGUAUGCGCAUAAGAAGGCUGUCCUGCAACAGAGGGACCCUGCCUAUGUUCGAACUCGUAGACAGCCAGCCCUCUCAUAUGGUCAGCGUGGACACCCUUAACCUUACUCCUGAUUUCUCAGACUCAGACAGGUUGGAGCGAUUCUUCGAUUCAGAGGACGAGGAAUUUGAAAUCCUUUCCCUGUGACGAACAUAACGAACAAUGAUUUGCUGUUCUCGAUGGCGGACGGAAGAUUCACCGUGUCUUCUCUGAAUCAGAAGGGAAGCCUGAGUGAAGGAACGUGAACUGGAAAACUCUUGAGCCAGUCCAGCUCCAGUGGUGUAGUCAGUGUGUGGCACACAGCCUCCGAAUGCUCCAUCAUUGAGACUGCCUGAGGGAGGGGAGGGAAGGGGUGUGGAGGGGAGCUGUAGCAGGAGCUCAGGAUAAAUUCUGUAUGCACAUCUUCACAUACACGUGUUUCCAUUUAAGUCUUAACACUUUUAAAUGUUUCUUCUGAAGUGAUAUGGUGCCUUUCCCUGACUCCAUUAGUAAAAUUGCCAUAACAGUUUUAUGUUGUGUAGAAACACGGUGCGGUCAUGAUGCCCACGGCUUACGCGGUUUGUCACUAAUAACUGACGUCUGUAACAGCCUGUAACGAAACCAAAUUUAGUCAAAUCUGAAGACAAGUUGUCUUAGUUGUAUCCUCGCCAAGUCUGAAACAUAUACACUCAUCCAUUGGAAGAUUAUUUAUUUAAUCAAAGCAGUAUAUAGGCAGGUGACAGAACAAUAGUUAUGUAAAAGAAUGAAAAAAGCAAAAAUAAAAAGAGCUGAAUUUCAA